AUGGAGAAGAAGUUAAGGAUAAAGAAGAAAGUAUGGAUGAGGAAGAAGUUUGGGAUGAAGAAGAAGUUUGGAAUGGAGAAGAAUCUACUAAUUAAGGAAGCAGAAGAAGUUAAGGAGGAUGGAGAAGAAGUUAGGGAAGGAGAAAAAGUGAAGAAUGAAGAACAAGUUAGGGAAGGAGAAGAAGUUAAGGAUGGAGAACAAGUUAGGGAUGGAGAAGAAGAAGUUAAGGAUGGAGAAGUAGUUUGGGAUGGGGAAGAAGUGAAGAAAGGAGAAGAAGUUAAGGAAGAAGAAGAAGAAGUUUUGGAUGGAGAAUAA